UGAUUCAGCUGCAGGACGAGCGGCUGGCCACCAUCGACCGAGACAACCGCCUCCAGGCUUCCAAACUGGCCGACAUCGGGUGCUCUCACGGCUGGGUGGACCACCGCAACCAGUACCAGCAGCGGAGUCUGAACGCCUCCAAGCGGCGGGAGGAGCUUCUACUGAUCGGGCGUCAGAACCAGGCCAUGCUCCAGCGGAUCACGUCUCGCCAGUCCGAGUACCGGCGCCAGCUGUGGGUGGAUGACUGGGAGAAGGUGGAGCAGUUGCGGGACAACAUUACCCGGUACCCCCAAGGCCUCAUCGACAAACAGAAAGCGCAAAGGAAGGUGAAGUUCGCAGCCGUGAUGGGAAGUGAGCAUGGGGAAAAUACCGACAGUACCGAAACCGCCAGGACCGAUACCGCCAGGACCGAUACCGCCAGGACCGAUACCAACAGGACCGAUACCAACAGGACCGACGCUGACGGGAUCAAGAGACCGGAGACACAAACUAAAAAAACAUUAAAUGUGUCCUUCCACUAUCCUCGGCUUACGGCUUUGAUUUAA